UGCUCAGUCUUCUGGGUGGGCUCGGCGGCGCAGGCCGGGUUACGCGGAGGGCUCGGCGGGCAGCAGCGGCGGCCUUAGGGAGGCCGCGGCGCCAUGGGGGGGCGGUAGGCGGGCGCGGCGGGCGAGGCGAGGGCCGUCAGCGGGCCCGGCGGCGGGGAGGCCCGGGGCGGGGGUCGUCCGGGCUGCGCGGGGCCGCGGGGCGGGGUCGCCGGCCGUCGGGGUGCAGGAGGCCUGGGCCGCCGCGAGGAGCCGCCGCCGGCCGCCGGGCCCCGCCGCCGGGCCGCUCGACGACGACGCUCCCGCGGGGGCCCCGCCUGAGGAGGACGCGGCGGCGGCGACGAGGCCGCGGGAGGCCGCGGAGGAUGGAGGAGCGGAAGGAGGAGGGCGAGGCGGAGAUCCAGGAGCACGGGCCCGAGCACUGGUUCUCCAAGUGGGAGCGGCAGUGCCUGGCCGAGGCCGAGCAGGACGAGCAGCUGUCCCCUGAGCUGCAGGAGGAGGCGGCGGCCGCCGCGCAGCCCGAGCACAAGCAGCAGAAGCUGUGGCACCUCUUCCAGAACUCGGCCACCGCCGUGGCCCAGCUCUACAAAGACCGAGUGUGUCAGCAGCCAGGACUUUCUCUCUGGGUCCCCUUCCAAAACGCAGCCACCGCGGUCACCAACCUCUACAAAGAAAGUGUGGAUACCCAUCAGCGAAGUUUUGAUAUUGGAAUUCAGAUUGGCUAUCAGCGACGCAAUAAGGAUGUGCUGGCUUGGGUUAAAAAACGCAGAAGAACUAUUCGUAGAGAAGAUUUGAUCAGCUUCCUGUGUGGAAAGGUUCCUCCACCACGAAACUCUAGAGCUCCCCCAAGACUGACUGUAGUGUCCCCUAACCGAGCUACUUCAACGGAAACUAGCUCAUCUGUAGAGACUGAUUUGCAACCCUUCCGGGAAGCCAUAGCUCUGCAUGGUCUUAGUGGUGCAAUGGCUAGUAUAAGCGUGCGCUCGAGUACCCCAGGCUCUCCUACACAUGUAAGCAGUGGAUCGAAUGCUAGUCGAAGGAGAAAUGGACUCCAUGAUGUCGAUUUGAACACUUUCAUAUCAGAAGAAAUGGCACUCCACUUGGACAAUGGUGGAACUAGAAAGCGUACCUCAGCCCAGUGUGGCGAUGUCAUUACAGACUCACCAACCCAUAAACGCAACAGAAUGAUCUAAACUGCAAACAUUCUCACACCCACCAUGCUGCUUGAAAGCCACUCGAUCCUCAACAUAUACUAUUAUUGCAAAGGCAACAUGAGGCCAUCUUCCCUUGUUCACUGUUUAAGACAAGUGAAUUCCAUAGUGGUUGCCAUAAAAGGAAGUUCUAGGUAUUUACAGUAGAUGCCUCUUGUAAUAUGGCUUUCUCAAAAACUAUAAUCCUAGCAGAGGACAUCAGAUAUCGUGUAGUCAUUAGCAAGAUCAUCAUAGGCAAACAUAUCCGUUCCAAGGCUAAAAGUGACCUUAACUGUAUUUAUUCUCAAAGGGAAAGGAAAUAUCAGAUGUUUAUUUGGUUAUAGAAUGUUUUUUUUUUUUCUCCCCAGUCCAUUUCCUGCUGUGUUGAGUAUUUUGCUUCAACAGUAUUGCCAGGUUCCCCAAAUUAUCUGAAAACAGGAUUUGACUUCGUUGUCAGAUCUGCAGGCUUCCAUUUUUACAGCUGCACUGUACCAUGCACCUGGUUUCUAUAUAGUAACGGUGUGCAACUUCUAAUUAUUGGACUGUGCCCUGUUUUUAGUUUUCAACACAGUUUCUAAUUCUGGUGAUUGUGUGAUGUAAAGAGGUGCUAUGAUGGUCAUGCAAUUAAUACUUAAUAUUGAAUCAAUACACAGAACUUUAUUGGAUUCACUUUGUGUGUGUUAGUGCUCUAAAAAUAGCAAUAUUAUUGAACUGCCCCAGAUUAACCCUGUAGGCUUCAAAUACUCAGUUUUAAGACAAGUACUACUUCUAUGCGGGGUACUCCUUACAGUAAAUGUAAACUUGUAGACUGCAUUCAAGGUGACCUGAAAUAGAGAGGUCAUGAACUUUGAGAGUGGGCUUCCUUUUGGUUCAGUAUUAGUGAGGGGAGAUGGAUGGUGGGGUAGGUAUUUAUUCAAGCCUUUCAUUUCCUGCUUUUCAUUUUUCAUGGAUGCCCUACUUUGUGCAGUUUCCAUUGUAGUGGGUGGAAGGUGACAAAGCUGUUUUAUCUACUAAUAAUGUGAUCACAACCUAAGUAGCAGAACCCAACUCCCCCUGUCCCUUCAUUCCCCCUCCUAAGAAGUGGAGUUUGGAAUCUCAUUCUGGAAAAGGUGGAAUCGCAUGGAGGUUCUCUAGAUGUUAGGUAGACCUAAAUAAAAGUUCUCAAUAGAGUCCUCUUGGAGUAAAUAUAAGACCUCUUGUAGCUACAACGUUUUAGAGCAUGUUUCAUCUUCAUUUUUAAUAUCUUGAACUAAAUGAUAGUCUUUUUUAGAUGAAGAACUGAUGUCAGCCUGCCAGGUACUGUAAUUUAUUCUAUCCUAUUAUUAUAUAUCAAGUAGGACAGUGAAAAAUGUUUCCUUGCAAACUUGUAGUCCAGUAUCAGUUACUUCCUAUUUUUAUCCUUAAAUGACCAUUGCAAAUCAGUGUAAGGGUUUUUCCAGUAAUUACUCACAGCACUUUGUUAAAGUUUGCAAUUUCUUCAGCCAUUUAAUAAUAUCUUUCUGUGAAGAAACUUUGCUAAGUUAACCAUAUUGACUGGGUGGGAUGUGAAUGGAAUGUUAGAAAUGUUGUGUGAAUUGAAGUUCUGUAUUCGUUAUAGAUAUAACCCUUAUUUAAAACAGUGAAAUCCAUACUCAAAAGUAGGAAUGAAAGAUUUCUAAAUUUUUGCAACAGUGGAUCAUUUUUUGUUAGAGUAUAAUAGCAGGAAGAAUUAUAGCAAUCUGUCAUUUUACCUGAAACGGACAUGCCUAUGUAUUAUGAAUACUUUAAAGCUUCCCUUUGGAAUAUACCAAGAAAUGCAUUUGGAAUUAUCUUUGCUUUUCUGUCAUUGUAAAUUUAGGUUCCAGAAUUGGGGUUUGGUGGUGUGAUGCAUUGCUCACGAGAGGCCAGAACUCCUAUUCCUACAGGAUUUUGCGAUGGAGGAACACAUAUUUAAUCUCCCCUUCAUGCCUUGGUUCUUGUUCCUCUUUCUAAGUUGAAUAACAAUAUUUUUGGUUGUUUUGUUUUAAGUUGGUGCUCUGAAGCUUAAUCUUAGUACCCUUUACUCUCAAUUGUCAAAUUUUGAUAAAACAUGUGCCAUUUUCUUUGGUAAGAGAAAGCAGGUCUGCCAGAACACAAUUUAUAUGCCUUAUCGGCUCCAUUAAACUUUUUAAAAACUUUA